GUUUCAGAGACAUUUGCGGCGUGGUUAGUCUAGAAGUCAUGCUGUCGAAGCUGAUGGACGGCCAAGUCCAGGCCUUCACACCAGUGGCAGGGGUGCUGCAUGGCGAGUUUAGCAAGGUUUAUAUGAAUGACAGCCUUGGCAGGCUGGCGCGGCUUCUGAAGAAACAACGAUCCGCAGUUGUCCUUCAGACCCAGAAUAUGUUUUUGGGCAACGGCCAAACGGCGACCAAAGAUAUCAUAGUCGGGAUAGUAACGCAGGAAGAACUGCUCUCCUACAUCACGAAGAAUGAGAGACAACACCACAAAUCUGACGAAGAGGACGAGCAAUACCAGUCUUCGAAGAUGCUGGCGAUCAUGGAGACUGAUCCGACCUACCACAGGCAGAAGACGGAUAAGUGGUACAAACGGAAGGCCUCGAUCGUCUCAAACUUCUCUCAGAUGUUCGUCAAGUCGUCCGCGACUCCGAGCGAAGUGCCUCUGGUUGAGUAGACCGCUGGGCUGGACGGAGCGGAGUUACGCCUCUGGCCUCUCGGCAGUAGUGGGGUACAGGAAUGGUCAGGGUGAAAAUGGGUCAGCCGUAGGAGCGGCUCGGAGGACUCGCAAAGAAGUGGAUGCAGUCGAAACGUGCUUAUAUCUUAUAGUGCUAUAUAACUUAUAUACAAAUAGUUGUUUCUUGUUUCAUUGAGUUAUGGUACUUGAUCUUACAUUCAUAAUUUAAUUGGACUUUACGUUUUAAUAUGAUUUUUGUCGAUCAGUUCGGUCCCGGGUACACUGUAAUAAUGCACUUUUAAUCGUCUGUUAUGGCUAAUAUGGCCUCCCCUGUAGGAAACAGAGGAAGGCUCAUUAAGUAAUGUCAUAGGCGAUCACAGGCUCCUAAAAUGAGGCGUCGCGAAGAUGAUGAGACUUGUUCAGGGAAGCAUUAGCCGUUUUCACGACGGGCUAUCGGGCGAGUGCACCUAAUUUGACCAA